AGGUGUAUAGGGGGACAGGGGCUAGUUCCCAUCAAAUAGCACGAAUGACGUGACACCUUGUACAGCGUAUAACCAGCCAGCUGUAUGUUGAUAGUGUCGUCGUUCAGCCACGAAUCCGUGAAGCUUAAUAUAUUCGUUUUAAUAUUCUGCGUAAAUUAGUUUAAUCUUCUGCGUAAAAAAAAAGAAGAAAUUCUCCAAAGAUUACAGGUUUGCUAGCAGAAUGGAAGGAAGUGGGGGUUUAUUCGAUCGCCAAUGAAUUCUCAGAAGGCAGCCCGCCCUUCGGCCCCUUUUUCUCAGGCGCCUCUUCACGCAAAUCAAGGGGAUCUGGGCCUGUUCCCGAGAAAGCAGUAUAUCCUUGGCGUCUUGCUCGUCGGACUCGUGAAAGGAAAAAAAGGAUUCUACUAGUCUGUGUAAGUAUGGCGAUGAAAUCCGGAGAGGAGCGGUUGAAGGAGAUGGAGGCUGAAAUGGCUCUGUUUGAGCAGGAGGUCCUGGGGGGUCAAGUGGCAAUGACUGCAGGAGACCCUGUAGUGAUGGAGGUGCUCCCUAUGGGUAUUCCUAUGGCUGUUCCUAUGAUCCGGCCCAUCAUCGGCACCAACACCUACCGACAGGUCCAGCAAACCUUGGAUGCAAGGGCUGCCACUUUCGUGGGACCUCCACCCCCUGCAUUUGUAGGCCCAGCUAUAACCCCAGGUGUCAGACCACCGCCAAUGAUGAGACCAGCGUUUAUGCCGCACAUCCUGCAGAGACCAGGGGGUCCGAGGAUGCCUAUGAUGCGUGGUCCCCCUCCACAGGGUAUGAUGGCUCCCCCACUGCCACGCCCUCCUCCUCCCCCGCCCAUGAUGAUGGCACCCCCCAUGCAAGGACCCCCUCAGCAUCCCAUGGACCCAAUGGGGCAUAUGAGCUCAGGAGGACCCCCGGUGGGAUCGACCCAUGGUACACCCAUGGGACACUCCAUGGUGUCUGCACCCUCCAGGUCUGUGACCCAGGCCCCUCCCAAGCUCACCCCCUCGAUCAUCUCUGCGGCCCCCACUGUCUACACGGCUCCCUCCUCCGGACCCAAGAUACCAGACAUCCAUGCCCAGAGAAAGGCUCGCAUGGAGGAGCUGGCAGCGUCUGUAGCAGAGCAGCAGGCAGCGGUGAUGGCCGCCGGACUGCUGGAGGCUAAGAAGGAGGCCAGCCUGGCCGCCUCAGAUGACAACGUUAUCGGACCCAGCAUGCCAGAGCCCGAGCCCGUCCACACUGAGCCAGUGGAUAGCACAGCAGAGGAGAAGAAGAAGGGUAAGCAAGAGAAGGCGAAGAAGUGUAUCCGUACAGCCGCAGGCACCAGCUGGGAGGACCAGAGUCUACUGGAGUGGGACUCAGAUGAUUUCAGAAUCUUCUGUGGAGACCUUGGCAAUGAGGUGAACGACGACAUCCUGGCAAGGGCAUUCAGCCGCUACCCCUCCUACCUGAAAGCCAAGGUGGUGCGGGACAAACGCACAGGCAAGACCAAGGGAUACGGCUUUGUCAGCUUCAAGGACCCCAAUGACUACGUCCGCGCCAUGAGGGAGAUGAACGGGAAGUAUGUGGGCAGCAGACCCAUCAAACUGAGAAAGAGCAUGUGGAAGGACAGGAACAUGGAAGUUGUACGCAAGAAACAGAAGGAGAAAAAGAAACUGGGACUGAGAUAGACAAUGUUUCCCUUUUGUAUGUAUGUGCAAGUGUUCUUUUGACUGGGAGUGUGUGAGAAUCACACUGAUGGCAUAAUACAGUUGCCAUUGCCCAGUUGGAAGGCCACUCAUCCAGCUAUCUGACAUGUUUUCAAUUACCACAGAGUAGGGAUGUCAUUUUACUCAUAGAGCAUGGUUAAACUAGGCUACAAAACACUGUACAUUGCACUGGCCCUGGUUGCAAUGGUUAGACAUGAACCUUUCCCUUAUGAACCAUGCCCUUAUGAAGUUUAGAAUGUACUGAUCUCCAGUUUUUUUAUUUUAACAUUUUAGUUUGUAAAAAAAUUCUGAACAUUACUCAGAUUUUCUUAGUUGGUAUGGCUCCCAUGCAUCUCAGAUGUCUGAAGUGUGAGAUUGGUGAUCUAUUGUGCUAUUGUGGAAACUACUUCCAAUGGCAAUUAUGUAUUUCCGGAUAGCCUCUGUUAUUCAUACAGCAAACCAUUUUAUUUUAUGGAAAAUCUAAAUGUUUGUACAUUAAAGUGGUUUAUUUUGAAGCAGUGGAUUCAAACCAAUGCAAAGUUUUUAAAAUAAACCAAAUGGCUUGACA